UCUCAUAAUAUUUUUUCACAUUUCUUUCACUCUCUUGUUACAGGCAGCAGAGAGUGGAAAUGUGGAGGACUUCAUGCGAUUGUACCUCAGUGAGCCAUCUCGGCUUGCUGUGAGGGACGUGAGGGGAAGAACCGCAGCCCACCAGGCUGCAGCCAGAAACAACACUAAUAUACUGCAUUUUAUCAACAACUAUGGAGGAGAUUUAAAUGCUAGAGACAAUACGGGCAAUACUCCUCUUCAUGUCGCGGUUGAAAGCGAAGCUCUUGAUGCUGUAGAGUUCUUAUUGCAACAGCACGUCGAUACUGGGGUCCUCAAUGAAAAGACCCAAGCACCAAUUCAUUUGGCUACUGAAUUAAAUAAGGUAUCGGUCCUCCAGAUAUUUGCGAAGUACAAGAGCCAGUUCAACGUGGAUCUGGGCGGUGAGCAUGGGCGCACUGCACUGCACUUCGCAGCCAUACACGAUCAUGACAUGUGCGCGAGAGUGUUGAUUACUGACCUCGGUGCCGAAUCCAAGCGGCCCUGCAACAACGGAUACUACCCUAUUCACGAGGCAGCCAAGAACGCGUCUUCUCGGGCCAUGGAAGUUUUCCUCCAAUGGGGGGAGUCCAAAGGAUGUACCAGGGAGCAAAUGAUAUCGCUGUACGAUAAUGAAGGGAACGUUCCCUUGCACUCGGCGGUGCAUGGAGGAGAUAUUAAGGCGGUGGAGCUCUGCUUGAGGUCUGGAGCGAAGAUAUCAACUCAACAACACGAUCUGUCAACGCCGGUGCAUUUGGCUUGCGCUCAGGGUGCCCUCGAGAUUGUGAAGCUGAUGUUUAGCAUGCAGCCCAAAGAGAAAAUGGCUUGCCUUAUGUCCUGUGAUGUCCAGAAGAUGACACCGAUCCACUGCGCUGCCAUGUUCGACCAUCCGGACAUUGUCAACUACCUGAUCUCCGAAGGAUCUGACAUAAACCCCUUAGAUAAAGAAAGAAGAUCUCCUUUGCUGCUGGCAGCAUCAAGAGCUGGUUGGAGAACGGUGCACACGUUGAUUAAACUAGGUGCAGAUAUUCAACUGAAGGACAUCAAUUCAAGGAAUGUGCUUCACUUGGUUGUCAUGAAUGGAGGGCGCCUUGAAGAUUUUGCGGCCAGUUGCAAGGAUCGCUGUGAGAAAAGUUUAGCUCAGUUGCUGAACGAAAAAGAUAACACUGGCUGCUCACCGCUCCAUUACGCCAGCAGGGAGGGCCACAUCAGGUCCCUGGAGAACUUGAUCAGACUGGGCGCCUGCAUCAACUUGAAGAACAACAAUAACGAGAGCCCUCUGCACUUUGCCGCCAGAUAUGGCCGCUACCACACUGCCUGCCAGCUCUUAGAUUCUGACAAAGGCACGUUCAUCAUCAACGAGAGUGACGGCGAAGGUCUUACGCCUCUUCAUAUUGCUUCACGUGAAGGUCACACAAGGGUCGUCCAGCUCCUUCUGAACAGGGGAGCCUUACUGCACAGGGACCACAACGGACGCAACCCCUUGCAUCUGGCUGCUAUGAGCGGGUACACCCAAACCAUUGAACUGCUGCAUUCAGUGCAUUCCCAUUUGCUGGAUCAGGCUGAUAAAGAUGGCAACACCCCUCUGCACCUAGCCACGAUGGAGAACAAGCCUAACUCCAUAGCGCUGCUCCUCUCUAUGGGCUGCCGCUUCAGCUACAACAACCUGGACAUGAGUGCCAUCGACUACGCCAUCUACUACAAGUUCCCGGAGGCCGCGUUGGCUAUGGUCACCCAUGAACAAAGAGCCAAGGAAGUGAUGGCUCUUCGCUCAGAUCGCCACCCGUGCGUGACGUUAGCUCUGAUCGCUUACAUGCCGCGUGUCUUUGAAGCGGUCCAGGACCGGUGCAUCACCAAGGCCAACUGCAAAAAGGAUUCCAAGAGCUUUUACAUCAAGUACAACUUCGAUGCGCUAUGUCCUCAAUUAAAGGACGAAGACGGCACAAAGAAAACCGAAAGCGUUCCGAAAUCGCAGAAAAUACCGUUACCAGCUCUCAACGCGAUGGUUGCUCAUGGCAGAGUUGAACUCCUAGCUCAUCCAUUGAGUCAAAAAUAUCUACAAAUGAAAUGGAACUCCUACGGAAAGUACUUUCACCUGGCAAAUCUCCUGUUUUACUGCAUUUACCUAAUAUUUGGGACAGUUUAUACAUAUCUAUUGAUGGCAAACGUCGAUCCGAGUACAGCAGCUGUAGUAAAACCGGUUACAUGUAAUUCUCCUGUUUUAAAUCUAUCAGACGAUAAGAUAAUUUCAGAACGCGUGGAAAAUAGUACAACUAUUGAUAAUAAUAGUAAGCCAAUAGAUUUUGAAAUCAUGGUGGCAAUGUACACAAGCACAGUAGCGAUAAUAGUCUACAACGUAAUCUGCAUAAUACGAGAGGCGUAUAAUCUGAAGCAGCAGAAAUGGCACUACCUAGUCGACCCAUGUAACUUGGUCUCAUGGAUGUUGUAUAUCAGUUCCACUCAGAUGGUCUUUCCGACCCUAUUCGGAGGUUUCUAUGACAUACAAUUUUCUGCAGCCGCUAUAACAGUUUUCCUCUCCUGGUUCGAGCUACUGCUUUUACUUCAACGCUUCGACCAAAUUGGCAUAUACGUGGUGAUGUUCCUGGAGAUCUUGCAGACGCUGAUCAAAGUCUUGAUGUUGUUCUCGAUUCUGAUCAUUGCGUUUGGCCUGGCAUUUUUCAUACUUCUAUCUAAAGGUCACCAUUUAUCAUUCAGCACAAUUCCCAUGUCUCUCAUGCGUACUUUUGCUAUGAUGCUUGGAGAAAUAGAUUUUGUGGGAACGUACGUGCAGCCGUACUACAACAAAUCCGAAACGGACGUCAUACUACCGUUCCCGAUGCCGACAUUUUUCAUACUUGCACUAUUCAUGGUGUUGAUGCCAAUUCUUCUGAUGAACCUCCUCAUUGGUUUGGCUGUGGGUGACAUUGAAAGUGUGAGGAGGAAUGCACAGUUGAAGAGAUUAGCGAUGCAGGUAGUACUUCAUACAGAGUUGGAGAGAAAACUACCAGCGAUACUAUUGGAGAAAGUUGAUAAAGAUGAACUUAUUGAAUACCCAAAUAAUAAAUGCAGCAAGCUGGGUUUUCUGGACUUGAUCCUUCGCAAAUGGUUCUGUAACCCUUUCACGGAUGAUGCUGGUUUAGACCUAGUGCUGGAGAGUAGCGAGGACUACAUUACGGCGGAGCUGGAGAAACAGAAGCGGCGGCUGCGCGACAUGUCGCAGCUCAUGGAGCAGCAGCACACGCUCAUCCGGCUCAUCGUGCAGAAAAUGGAGAUCAAAACCGAAGCUGACGACGUGGAUGAAGGGGUGUCCCCUUCAGACACAAGAGUGAUCCCUCGAUGGAGUUCCCCUCGCAUCCGCAAGAAACUCCGAACAGCUCCCUCUUUCAACAAAGGAGGGUAAUCUAACGCGUAGGGAUAAAGGUCAAGUUCAUACCCUUCUAUUUUAUCGAUUGCACGCAGCUUCCAAGUAACCCAUAUUCCUUCGUUUGACCCAUAUUUUGCGUAGCGACAUCUGUUCUUUAGGUUCUGAAUUACAAACUUGUUGCGUAUUUGGUUAUAAUCGGAAACUAAUUUUGUAUGCAGUUGUUUCUGCUAAAUAUAAUUUAAUAAUUAGGUAUAUAAGUAACUUAAAAAACUGAUUUGCUUUAGUCAUUAAACUAGUUAUUAUAACCAAAAUUAUAGAACUGGGAGCUAUUUUAUUGCCAUCUAUACAAUUUUGUCUACACCGCUUGAAGGAUACAGUCUGCUAUAAAAAUAAGGCAUGGAAACUCACGAGAAUGAGUUUUCAUUUUCAUUUGUGCCUACUAGAGGUCGGGCCCAUGUGCAAAAGUAAAGAUACGUUUGGUUAUGCUUUUUUGUCUUUAUUUAUAGUUUGCUUUGCGACUUAUGUUUAGUUUUUAGUUCUACUUUACAGAUAAUCAUAAUACUUACAUUAUACUUUCGAAGAUUCAUUGUAAAUGUAUAUCAAUUUAAAAAAAAAUAAUACCGUCAAUUGAUCUAGUAACAGUCUAUCAGAGAUCUAUCAGUUUCUAUCACAAUUCAUAAACUAAUGAAUAAAAUUAAUUUGCUGGUAGUACCUAGAAGUUAUAAUUUGAUUAAUAUUCAAGAUCCUGAAUUAAUUUUAAUUAUGCCGGCCGUUUGAUGUAGUGGUUAAGAACGGACUGCUAUGCCGAGAGGUCCCGGGUUCGAUUCCCGGCCGGGCAGAAAUUGAAAUUAGCUAUGAGAAUUUUAAUUUCUGUGAUGGGUCUGGGUGUUACUAUUUAUGAUAUGUAUCUAUGUAUUUACAAAAAAAAUGUAUUUAAGUAUGUUUAUAUCCGUUGUCUAGUACCCAUAGUUCAAGCUUUGCUUAGUUGGGGACUAGCUGGUGCUGUGUGUAAUUGUCCAAAGAUUUAUUAUUAUUUAUUACGGAUAAUUAAAUAGGGUCCGUACACCUGUUAGUUUUCAUCCACCGUCCUGUUCGCAUCCUGACGACGGAUCACUUUUCAAAUCCUCUUCAGCUAACAGAAAUAUGCUAAUAACCAUCUAUGUAUUUACCAACACAGUAACCAAAACCAAAAGUUAUUUCUAUGAAUUCAAAAAGUAUUUUAUAUUUUUUAAGUCGCUCAAUAGUUUGAAAAAUAAAAUGUAUGAUGACUCCAUUUUCUUUUUAUUUUAAUACCUGGAUAUAAUAUUUGCAAAUUGCAUU